GAAAACAUGGCGGAGCUGCUGAAAAUACAGAGUGAAGUUGAGGAGUUCAAAAAGGAAUACUUCUGCAAAAACAGGCAAGCUGAGGAGAACAGACAAAGGGAAAACCAGGCCGCCACCCGGAUCCAGAGCUGGUUCAGAGCCCGCAAGGUGCAGGCUUACCUCAGCCAUCUGCACAAGAAGGCAAUCAUUAUACAGAAGAUAUGGCGGGGCUUCACAGCAAGGGCACGUUUCAGACAAAUGGUGAAGGCGGCAUAUUUUAUCAUGAAGAUGAAUUUGUACGAGGAGAUGGCGGUCAGGAUACAGCGGAGAUGGAGAGGAUUCUUUGCAAGGAAGAAUGUUCAUAACUUCUACGCACGCAAGAGUUAUCUGAAAGGACUUUCCAGGAAAAAUGAACUUGUCAGGAUGGAGCUGGAUGAACUUGAGGAACUCCAGAAGAGAGAGAGAGACUGUCUGGAGAUGGUGAAAGAGCAGACAGCCAAGGUCUACCAAGCUCACCGGUUACACCACCUCCUCAGUACGAAGCAGUGCCCCGGGGUCUUCAACUCUCCAUUUAGGCCAGCCCCCCAUGAGAUGGAACUACUGCUGAGGCAGGUCAAGUACCAGGCAGCUAUCAGGCGGCCCCACAGGGGCGGGGCUUCUCCCUUGGGUAUGCUUGGCCCAACAGCCCCAAGUUUCGCUGGGACUCUUCGAUCCCCAUGGAUCGAAACCACUGGAACCUACUGUUCCUCCAGGCCUAUUCUGCCCCCCAUUGCCAUCAAGAAACAGCAGGUUCUGUUCAGACAGCCAGGGGAAGUAUGGGAGCAGCGCGUGCAUUGUCCUGACCUGACGUUGCAUCUGCAGACCUCUUACACACACCUGGAGGAGGCCCAGAAUCAGCUUCGACAACGCGAGUCUAGGAACAGGAAGUAUGCUCCACCAUCUGAGCCACAGCAGAAACUCCUCUCCUCAGCCAGCCAACUCAAAGAGCUUCAGGUAGUGGAUUACAUACUUAACCCCAAGAGGAGACUUCCGAGGAGAACGUUUUCAUGCACAAGUAUGGAAAAAUGUACGCGCUUCUAUUUCUGUGCAUACACAUAUGGCUGCGGAAGGAUGUGUGUGUAGCGUAUGUUUGCACGCAUUCUGUGUCUGUAAACCUAUGCAUUUUUUGUUUACAUUCAAUAGUGUUUGUGUUUUUUUUAAGGGAGCACACAGGCUUUCAUGAUCAUUAUUCAAAGUUUUUGAUUCCAGACACACAGAGGUAGACACAUGCACACCAUACUGUCUUAAGUUGUUCGUGCUCAAAUUAUUGCUGUGUGUGUGUGUGUGUGUGUGUGUGUGUGUGUGUGUGUGUGUGUGUGUGUGUGUGUGGUUGAUUAAGGCAAGGGUCCCCAGGGCUCUGCCCCCCUCCCAUCCAUCAGUUUGAACAGGCAACAUAUUGCCUGGGAUGCAAAGACACAGCCAGGGAUAUCAAUUUCAACUGUCUGUGUGUGCUGUCACACACACUCACAUAACUACAUACUGUCAGAUGCACAUAGGUAACCACACGGGGUGUAAUACAUACUGUAACUGACUGAUUUCAGUGCACACACUCAAACACUAAACAUCUGAGGGGAGAGCAGAGGUGAAGGGUGUGUGUGUGUGUGUGUGUGUGUGUGUGUGUGUGUGCGUGUGUGUGUGUGUGUGUGUGUGUGUGUGUGAGGAGGUAGGAUGAGCAAAGGAGGGAAGUUUUUCUUUGUUUUUUCAUCCUUAUCUGCUCCUUGUAAACUUAUUUGGUGACUCCUCAUUGAGUCAAGUUGUUUUUUGCCAAAAGAGGGUUCAUGUUACACUAUCGAAGUAAAGAUUGAUGAAGUAGCAGCAGUAUCAAUAAUAUUUCAUUUUCAGUUAUUUUUUUUUUUUUUAGUAUCAUCCUCACGUGUCUAGCUGUCAAUUCCAUAAGUGUGAAUCCUGUUCUUUACAAAUAAAAUCUUUCAAGCUGUGACCAAAAAUGUAAUAAAUUCAAUUUAGGCAUUCCCUCGGGUAUUGUCAGUUUAUUUAUAGGCCUCCAAACUGUAACCCAUCCAGACCCAGACUGGCCCUGCUUGUCCCAUUAGCCGUGGACACAGCAGCCAGGCCUCUGUGUGUGUGUGUGUGUGUGUGUGUGUGUGUGUGUGUGUGUGUGUGUGUGUGUGUGUGUGUGUGUGUGUGUGUGGAUGUGUACAUGUGGAUCAAUAACCAUCCUAGAGGUGUGGAUAGUGAGGGGCAAGGUGAGGGUCAGGGUUAGCCACCCAGUGUUAGGGAAAUAAGUGGAUAAACAGAUGAGAAAGAGAGCGAGAGAGAUUGAAGUAAAUGAAUUACAGGAGAGAAAUUGAGAGAAAGAGAUAUUGUUUAAAGGUGGGAUUGUUAUUUGAAUAUUUGGAUUGUUUCAUGUUUUAUAGUAAGUACUCCAUCCAGAAACAUGUUUGACAAUUUAUACCCCCUUUUCUCUCUGUGAAAUAUGAAACAUUUAUCAAUUUUUUUGUAUAACUACAUCAAUUUAGUUCACAAAGGGGGUUUAUACAUUUAUAAGUUGCUUGUUUUUGUUUGUAAAUGUAUUUUGAUACAGUAUAUAUAGUGUAUACAUCUAUAUAUACAGUGAUAUAUAGUUUAAAAGAGGUAGGUAAUGAAUUUUUUUCUGUUGUUGAAUUUACACUUUUUUCAACCCAGCUCACAAAUGCAGAAACAUGUUAGGAAUUUUGGGAUUUGGAAAAAAUAAAAUAAAAAUAAGUAUUUAAGUAUUCUAAUGUCAUAUUACUGAUCAUUUCAUUGUUGGAAAGGAAAAUGAAUCAAUAAAGCACUCCACAGAUUCACAGAAAUCUUUAUUUCACGGAGACGUACUGCAGUCUUAAUGCAAGGUGGAAAAUUCCAUUUAUUUUACAGUCAUGCUUUUUUUUUUUGCUGUUUAACUCAUAUUGUCUUCACAGCUGACAAUCUUAUUUUUCCAGUGAUGGCUUCAUCUGUCAACCACACACACACACACACACACACACACCACACUCAGAACAUACGGCGACUACUAGGUUUUGCUCUCUACGUAAUUGAAUCAAAUUCUCCACCAACAAAAAAAAAGGUCUGGCGUCAGCAUCUUCUGUUUCUUUUUGCAUGGCCACUGAUUGUCCUUCCUCCUCCACUCUGUGAACUAUAAUAGUACACAUUGAAUGACUAAACCUUCAGUAAUCACAGAGAUAAAGAUGACAGGAAGUUGUGUUCUCUCUUGCUGUCGUGGCGUCCGUAUCGUUCUCUCUCUCUUUACCUUUCUGCCCCUCUGAUCAUCGCUCUCAUACUUGGAUUUUCCACAUGGCAUAACCAUGUCAAAUGGAGUCCACAGUCACACAUACACACAUCUAUACACAUGCGUGCGCACACAGUCCUAUUGUUAUGAUAAUGGUUUCUGUGUUGUUGGCUUUAGGGUCAGGAAGUCAACAUAAGCUUCUUAAUGGACUGUGAAAUAACCCUAACUGCAUUAACCUCUCAGAUCUCACAUCUCACACACACACUCACACUCACACACAUGUGCGUGCAUUCUCAUACAUAUAAGUGUAUACAUGCAGACACACACACACACACUGCUCCCCCACACAUAAACACGCAGAAGCUCAGAUCAGAUUGGAUUGGUCUUUAAUUGGCGGGGCGAUCACACCUUGAGGAUGUAGAAAAAAAUCCUUCAAUCAGACGGAGUGAUGGAGUGAUGGAGUGAGGGAUGGAGAGGAGGGAGGACGGGAGUAAUGGAUGGAUGAAAAACAAAUGAGCGAGCCUAAAAAGAGGACAAUGUUGUGUCACACAGGACCGCAAAGCUUGUCCUGUGCUUGGACGCACACACACAUUCUCAGGCUUACAUUAAGAUAAUGUGCUGUGCAAAUACUGCUUUGCCUUUUAGAGUGUAUUAGAAAGUGGAUGAUGUUCAAGUGCAAGCUCAGUUGGUAUAAACGGAGCCAGUGAGAGGCUGCCGCGGGCUCAGUUUGACCUUAGCCCAGUGUCAUUCUCCAUAUGCUCUCCUCUAAUACAAUUAUUCCACUGUGUCUUUGCCGUUAUCAAGUGGGAAGCGGAGUCUAUCAGUCUGUCCGUAUAUCUGGCUAUCUAUGCAGAUUUUUUUUGUUUCAGAACUUAUUUACUUUUAAAGUUUUUUCAGGGCUUAGGGUCAAGAACUGCCCGCUAAUUUUACUCUUGAAACAAAUUAAAAAUCCAAAUAUUUUUUAAAUUUUUAAUAUGUAGUAUUGACAACAAGCUUUCAGGACUAAAUCAGUUUCAAAUUUCUCCUCUCCUCUCUUUUCCUCUUCUCCUGUGCCAAAUGGGUGUUUUCCUGAGAGGGGAUCACAAAGGAUUUUGGUGGGGAUUUAGCUCUGUGUCUUAAAUCAGUCUUAAUUUUUGCUCUCUGCCAUUAAAGAGCCGCCAUUAAGCUCCUCUCUUCUCGCCUCAUUUCCCUCUUCCUCUUGUUUCACUUUUUCAAUUUGUGUGAGAGGGGGAGUUCACUCCUCAUAAAAUUUCACUUUGGCCAGCCUAUCAUUUGCAUCUGAGCCAAUAAAUAGCAAUUAGCAUUAACAAUUAAACCAGCCAGUGGAACCGCGGGCAGCUCCCUGAGAUGGCCUGAUGGAUGGGAAGGUGGAUAGGAAGGAAGGGAGGGAAGGUUUAGUGUGUUCGUGUGCGUGUGUGUGUGUGUGUGUGUGUGUUUGUGUGUGGCUACUUACGACAUGAACUCUCACAGGGCGACCCAGUAUCUCUUGCACUUUCAUUUUCUUCCCAAAGCUAAUUUAUCUACUGUCUCAGUGGCCUAAUCACAACACACACACACAUGCACAGACAUGCACUGUGGGCCGAAAUAAGCUGGCACGCCGUUAGCUGCUCAAAUUUUACUUGUUAAUUACACUCAUUAAAUAACAACUGUUUUCGGCACUCCAGCUUAUUUUAUAGUUCUGUUUUUCAGCCGCUCACAGUUUUUCAGAUUCAUUCAUAAAGAUCUGGUGUAAUGAGGACACCGCUGGCCGCAUCAUGUCUGUUGUGUCACAUUGCCUCGCUACUGACGCAUCUUUAGUUGAGACAGAUAUUAUUUAUUUAACACAAGAGGUGUGAUGUUCUGCUUAUUGAUCCCCAAAGGAGAGAUAUGUCAUGAUGUAAAAAGUAUCGCUUUUCCAAGUCGGUGUCUCACUGCAGCUUGAAAAGGAUUGCUACACACAAAAAUACAUUUUUCUUGUAAUUAUAACUUAGAAUCUCAUAAUUGUGAAAUCUUUAAUCUCGGUAUUAAAACAACCAACAUCUUGCACUUCCAAGAGAACUAAAACUAAACAAGACCUUUGCCUGUGACCUUGUCAUCUUUUGAUAUGGAUGUCUGUCAUGAGAUUUCACUCUUAAUUCCAUCAUUUCUCAAAAUUAGAAGGUAAGAAUGUCAUAUUUAUGAGAACAACUUUUUUCCUUUAACGAAUGGAAUGCACUUUUUAUAUGUUUGUAUGUGUGUCUGAUAUGUGUCCAAAUACAAGAAGCAUGCAUGAUUCAGUGCUGCUGACACCCAUGUGCAGGCUGUUGUCUCCAUGUCCGCUAACCGCUGUGCGCACCUCCACUGGGCCCGCGGUGAGAAUAUUGUUGGUGGCUGGUGACGAUCAGUCCAUCUCCAUACAUUAAUCACCACCAAUAGAAAGCCCUGACACAGCAACUACAGCAGUGCCACUGCCCUGCCUAACAAAGCAUAGAGCAAGGACACACAGCGCCAACAGCGGAAAGACAGAAAAGAGGAAGAGAGGGAAAGAGUGAGUGUGUGUGUAUUGGAUGGAGGGUGCAGAGAAAGAAAGAGAGGGGGAGCUAGAUGGGAAAAUAUGGAAAUGUAGAAAGAAAACAAUCAUGCUUUAUGUUUCCCCCUCUGUCCUAACCUCUCUCUUUUUGUCUCUCUUUCUCCGUCUCUCUUCUCUCUCUUUUUCUCGUGGUUUUUAUUGUUAUUACCACGGCAGCGCCAUUAGAGAGCUCUACGUUCUUCUCCACUGGAGCAAUAAAUGAAGAGGGCCUCACUCCUUUUUCCUCCUCAUCCUCUCCUUUCUCAUCCCUUCUUCAGGUCCCCACUCGACUCCUGUCUCACCUCCGGUCGCCUUCAGUUCUCUUUUGUCACCGCUGUUUUCCUUUCCCAUUUUCAAUCUUAUUCUCAUUCCUUCUCUUUACUUUUCCCUUAGUCCUUUUCACCUUACCGUUUCUUGUUUAUCUCCUCUCUUCCUCUAGCGUUUAAUUAUCUCCUUUCAUUUUUUUGUGUUAUUUUCACCUUCAUCUCCUUUCAUGGCAGACUAUCGUGAUCCACUCAUAACACAAACCUUAGGACUGUAUCCUACUUUGUAAAUGACACACACACACGCACACACAGGAUGUAGGGUGCAGUAAUACUUGUAAGGGACAGAUGUUGCAGCCAUGACAAAUCACCCUCUGUGAUUAAAUGCUGGUUUGCUCUGAGUACAAUGGAAACACGUUGGACCAUUAAUUAACGGUCCAAAUGCACAAACACGGCAGUCAAACAGCAACUGAAGACUCAUUACAUUACACUUCCUUGAUGUCAUCACUGUUGUGGUAUGUUAUGGUCACUACUGUAACCAGCCCUGUGACUUUGAGGCCUGACCUUUCAGAAAAGUAGACCUUUAAACAGAAGUCUAUGAGAAUAUGACACUUGAUAUAUC